CUCUUUGCCGACUACGUUGGCAAGAUGGCGUCUCCUGAAGUCCACGUCCGAAUAUGCGAACAAGAAAUCCUAAAAUAUGACUUGGAAAUUAAAGCUCUCGUUCAGGACAUCCACCAGUGCAGCGGCCCACAGAGCCAGCUGGCUGCUCUGAACACCGACGUGAAGCAGAGUUUUCACCUCCUCCGGAUGCGCAUCCAGGAUUUGGAGCAAAUGGCGAUGGAGCAGGACAAAGAGUUGGACAAGCAAGAACUGAUGGGACGAGUGGAGAGGCACAGAAAACAGAUGAUGAGUAACCAGACGGCGUGGAGGAAAGCCAACCUCGCCUGCAAACUCUCCAUCGACAACAUGGAGAAGCAGGAGCUUCUUCGUGGGGAGGAUAGUGUGGUGAGACAGAGGAAGCUGACCAAAGAAGGCUUGGCUCAGACCAGCAGUGGCAUCACAGAGAACCUGAUGAGCAUCAGCAGGAUGAUGGCGCAGCAGGUUCAGCAGAGCGAGGAGAGCAUGACCACGCUAGCCACCUCAUCCAGGACCAUCCAAGAGACCAAUGAUGAGUUUAAGACCAUGACUGGGACCAUCCAGCUCGGGAGGAAACUUAUUACCAAGUACAACCGCAGAGAACUGACUGAUAAACUGCUCAUCUUCCUGGCGCUGGCCCUUUUCCUCGCCACCGUUCUUUACAUUCUUAAGAAGAGGCUGUUUCCUUUCCUCUGACUGCACCAACCGACCUCACGCUGCACAGGACUGCCGCCGUCGCUCCACACACUCCUGUGUGUUCUCCUGUCUGUGCUCUGUAUUUAUUCAAUCCAUGCAGACUGAGCCUCCACAGUCGUUUAACUCUUCCACUCAGUUAUCUGACUCGAAAAGAUUGAGGCUCGGAGUCAAUUAAACCUGGAAUGGAAUACUCAUUCUGAACAUUUCA